AUGUGCCAGAGAAAAUAUGCCUUAGACAUUAUUACAGAGACAGGGUUGCUUGACGCAAAACCAACAGAUUUUCCCAUGGAGCAGAACCACAGGUUAGCUCUGGCAAAUGGGGAUUUAUUGGGUGAUGUAGAGAAGUAUAGACGUCUUAUAGGACGUUUAAUCUAUUUAGCUGUCACUAGGCCAGACUUGGCCUACUCUGUGCAUAUUUUGUCUCAGUUUAAGCAGAGUCUGAGGGUAGAGCACUGGGAUGUUGCCUUGCGAGUUGUGAGAUAUCUGAAGAAGAGUCCGGGUCAGGGGAUCCUGCUGAGGUCUGAUAGUGCUCUACAGUUGGAAGGAUGGUGUGAUUCGGAUUGGGCGAGUUGCCCAUUGUCUCGGCGUUCGUUGACUGGUGGGUUCGUGUUUCUUGGUCUCUCUCCCGUGUCAUGGAAGACCAAGAAACAACCUACGGUUGCUAUGAGCUCUGCCGAAGCAGAGUACAGAUCUAUGUCUGCUUGUUCUCGUGAAUUGAAGUGGUUGAGGAGACUUUUAAGAGAUUUAGGUGUACGACAUGACAGUGGCAUGCACCUAUAUUGUGACAGUCAGUCGGCAUUGUAUAUUGCAAAAAAUCCGGUGUUUCAUGAGCGAACGAAACAUAUUGAAGCUGACUGCCAUUUUGUCAGAGAUGCAAUUAAAGAAGGUCUUAUAAAGCCGUCGUAUGUGCCUACGACGCUUCAGUUGGCUGACAUUUUCACAAAGGCUUUAGGAAAAGUCAAGUUUGAUUUUUUACUCCGCAAGUUGGGCAUAUAUAAUCCGUAUGCUCCAACUUGA